AACCAGAUGAGAGCCUCGUCUAAACUCGUCGCCCCCCCUCUCUACAACUUUGCAAUUUUUCUCUCCCCCUCUCUCUCUCUCUCUCUCUCUCUCUCUCUAGGGUUUUGAUAUUCUUCGCAUAUUCCUAAUUUUGGUCUCUUCACAUAUGCGAGGAGGAGGAUAUUAGAAGGAGGAAUUGGGCAAUUUCAUUCCAUCAUACAUUCAAAUCCCCAUUGAUUUCAUUCAAUUCAAUUCAAUACCUCUAUUUAUUUCCUCAGCUCAAAGUUCGAAUUUCAGAUCUCGCAGAACACCGACCCCGGAUCUCUCUCCCUCCUCUCCUCGCAAAUUUCAAUUCUUUUGCGUGUCGGGAAUUUUCUUGAUUUUCGCGUUACAUUCAUUGCCAUCUCAUCUCUUCUCUUCUUGGCCCCUUCCUUAUCUUCAAUGCUGAUAAGGUAGAUACAUAAUUUCGAGUGCGGGGCAGCGGCUGAAGGUGCAAUGACCGAAACCCGAGAACCGAUUUGAAUGCCUCCUCCUUCCUUCCAAUCGUAAUUAUUAACUUUGAAAUCCUACUUGUUUUCACGCUGCGAACCCUACUAUGGCGGCGCCGCGGAUCGUGGUGGUGGAACCCGGUGGCUGGCACUCUAAUAGGGAUGAGGAGAAGAGCGGCGACUCUCCCUCCGGGAAGAAGUCUAAAGCGGAGAGAUUUCCUCUCUCGCGAUGGGAAUUCGCGGCGGCUCUGGCGGUGUUUUUGGUAUUCUCCACGGGGCUUUUGUGCAUUUACCUGACCAUGCCCGCCUCCGAGUAUGAGAUGCUCAAAGUCCCCCGCACGCUCGCCGAUCUGCGCCUGCUCAAGGACCAUUUUGCAACAUAUGCUGCAUUGUACCCUGCAAAGUUCAUUCUGGGCUACUGCUCAACUUACAUAUUUAUGCAGACAUUCAUGAUUCCUGGAACAAUUUUCAUGUCCUUGCUAGCAGGAGCACUUUUUGGUGUGGUCAGAGGUCUUUUCUUGGUUGUCUUUAAUGCCACAGCAGGUGCAUCAUCAUGCUAUUUUUUGUCCAAACUGAUUGGCAGGCCAAUUGUUAACUGGAUGUGGCCUGAAAAACUAAGAUUUUUCCAGGCAGAGGUGGCAAAGAGGAGGGAGAAGCUGCUCAACUACAUGCUCUUUUUGAGGGUGACCCCAACAUUGCCAAACCUGUUUAUCAAUUUGGCAUCGCCAAUCGUGGAUAUACCAUUUCAUAUAUUUUUUCUGGCAACUGUUAUUGGUCUUGUUCCAGCCUCUUACAUUACUGUUAGAGCUGGGCUUGCACUUGGCGAUCUGAGAUCUGUAAAAGAUCUAUACGAUCUCAAGACACUUUCCAUACUUUUCCUCAUUGGGUCUCUUUUAUUAGUUCCGACCCUAUUGAAGAGGAAGCGAGUAUAUGAGUAGAGAGCUUCUCCCAUCUUUUCUGAGACGGUGGCGCCCUAUCUGCCAUGAUCAAGGAAGGGAUGGAACGGGAGUCAGUCAUCCCAGCUCGUUUGCUUGGAGUAGAUUUAUAAGCAAUACAAUUGCGCUAGUCAUACCCUUCUAUAUUGUUCUCCUGAUAUAUCUAACUCAUAUCCUUACAGAAAUCUUGAAUUUAAAUUUGUAUUGAUUCCAAAUUCAAAAUUGCGCUACGUAAUACUAUAAAUAUCCAUCGGAAUCAGUUAAGAGUACACAGGUUGAACUCCAUCUACAUAAGAGGAUAUGACACUGAAAUCUAACUUGUCAUGGAACAAAUACAUCUGUAUAAUGCUCAAUCUCUCUCUCUCUCUCUC